UGUUGUUAUCGGAUGUGUUUUGUCCGUAACUGAAAACGAUGGAUAAACCAAUUGCAAGUAUCCAUCCACCGUCACUAUUGGUGUAUCAGAUAAGUCUGAAACUUUCACUCAAAAAAUAGAUAUUCAUUCAUGAUCAGGUCAGGAUCAGGAUUGAGGAACCUAUUGACUUAGACAUGGAAGAAGACUCUGGAACACACACAGCAGCAAGCAGUUCAUCAGUUUCAGAGAGAAAUGGACCUCCGGUGGACGAUUGUUGCCCUAUCUGCUUCGGCUCCUUCUCCGCUCCUUGUCGUGGUCCUUGUGGCCACUGGUACUGUGGCGGUUGCAUCAUUGAGUACUGGAACCAUGUUGCAGCAUUUCGGCCCUGCAAAUGCCCUAUGUGCUCUAGACUGAUUACAAAGUUGACCCCCGAAGCAACUUUAUACCAGCAGCAGCAUGAUGAUAAUGAUGAUGCGGGGACACGCCAGAUUCUCAGGAGUGUUAGGCAGUAUAAUUGCCUUUUUGUUGGUGGUGCUUGUGGUUUCGUUCUGCAAGUUCUUCAGUUGCCCUUGUUUCUCAAGAGAUUAAUUCAAGCAAUGAUGGAUCCUGAUCGACCUGUUGCUUACCUUAGCAGAUUGCGUUUAGUUGCAGUGCUUCUUGGUGCUCUUUAUACGCUUAGUCCUUUUGACUUUCUCCCGAGAUGGCGGUACCUUGAUGCUAUAGACUUAUUCGAUUGCUCUGCUAUUGCUCUCUCAUUCGGCUUGUACUUUGUCGGCCUUUAUUCACGAAGACGACGCCUUAGACGUUUAAGGCAACUGGAUCCUGCCUCGCAUUUUGAAGUAGAUAUGUAACCACACUCGUUACAUUAUUACCUUUCCUUUCUUGUUGUAUUAUCAUGUAUCAUAUUCGUACGUUUAGUACGUUAACUUUAUUUGUACAGUAACUUUCCCCACAUGUAUGAUCUCAUGUUUUCAACAUAUUGUAUGUGGUGUUCCCUAAA